GACACAGUGAAAGGCAUGGGAGAACCAGAAGCUUGGGAGCAAGCACUGUUUCAUCCGAAGGCUAACAAGAAAUUAUAAUCCUAGCCUUCAUCUAAGUCGCUUAAUCAGUCCAGCUUAGAGAACUAUCGAAGAGAAACGCAAUUUUCCCUCAAGUCCAGUCGUCUCCGCUGCCGCGCAAAGAUGGACGAGCUACUAAAACCAGUCAGCACAGUCCGCAUAAACAAGAGCGACGAUUCGGCAGGGUUGCUAAGAGAGCUGAGCAUUCAGAAUCAGCCCUCCCAUACCCCCCAGGCCAAGCAAAAGCAGCAGACGACAUCUCCCAAUUCACCAGAAGAUGCGCUCGAGAUCCUCAGGCAUGAACCGGACUAUGAUUUACUAAUUUUUGUCUUGAGAUUCCUUUCUCGAUAUGAGUCUGAGCGUCUCGGAUUUCCCAGUAUCAAGUCCCCAAACCCCGUGAACGCCCGGCUCGUUCAGGUUCUCGUAUCAAAUAUUGCGCCUAAUUACUGGCCAUUACUACUCGAGGAUGCCAACAGCGGCAAGAACUCCGGUCUGAAGCUGUUACUGCAUUGCCUCUCCAGCGUUACCGGAGUAAACGCUAUUCUCCUCCGUCUAGGCGCUCUAAUUCAAGAAGCAAAGUCAGAAGCCGCUGGCAAGACACAGCGGCCGGAUGAUGCCUUGAACCUCGAUAUUUACCUUGACUUGCUCUGUCGUGUUCUUCAAGGCAAUCGAUGGCUCAUCGAAGCAUGGGAGGUUGCGGCCUCAGGGCAGGAUGCGCCAGCACGGGUGAGGCCCGCUGUGCAACUGACCCUCGCAACCCUCGGUAGUGGCCGGAUCAUUUCACUUUCUGCCGAGGCUGAGGAAAUCGUUAAGACCAGCAAACUCAGCAGGCGAGCUGAAAAUAUCUGGCUUGCCGACUCACUACAGUACACGCUCUGGCUCGGUCAGAAUAUUGCUACAUGGCUGCUGUCAGACAUGGCUUUGAAGGAGACAAAGUUUGCUUCAGAGUUCUUCGUCAAGGCCCGAAGCCUUGGUCAUUCUGAUGCCCUGAUUGGACAUAUUCUGGAACAACUGGUCCUGAAGGACGGGACUGACCCGACGAGGCUCAGUCCUCUGUUGAGCAACUUGCCUCAAACUACGCAACGCCAAGUCAUAUUCUCCAUCUUGAAGCUGCUUUCCGCCAAAUACCUUGAUCGCUUAGGACGAUGCGAAUUAGAGGAAAACAAGCCGCUUAUAUCCGCUGUUUCUGGUGCCCUCAACUUAAUCCUUGGUGCAGACGAGAACGGGAGAAGGCACCUGGUCGACUGGCUGACCGGCUCUAGUGGGGCUGGCAUUGGGGAAGGGGUUGCGAUCCGGCGAGCCGUAAUAGCUGUCGUUUCACAGAAUAAAGAUGAUAUUGUGGCUGUCCUCGAGAAAAGUCUGAGCCAGUUUGGGGAAUCACUCUACAUAAAGCAUUCCCCAAUGCUGCAGCAGGAAGCCCAUGCUCAGGUUCUGCUCCUGAGUGCCGGCUACGUGCACAGAUUAUGGCCGAUCAGGUUGACAAUGCUUUUGCGGUCCAGUGUCUGGCUCAACGCCAUAUCGAACCGCCUGGCUGCCCCCCACCAAAGGGCUCGCUUCCUCGGUAUGGUCGUCGGCGAGGGUCUCUCUGGCCUUGUUGAUAAAGGAGACAAGAGGCUCAAUUUUCACAUGGAGGAGACGGACGAGGGUGAGGGGCUAUGGUAUAAGGGGCUGACCGAAGUCUCGGAUGAGAUUGGCCCUUUGGAUCCUCUUUGGAAGCCUCAAAUCAAGACACGGUCAAAGGGCGAUCGACCAAAGCCGGCGAAAAAGCCAGAAACGAGACCAGCAACCAAGCCCCCGCAGACUGGUUUUAUCAUUGAGGAAUUGAGUGACGAGGAGGCACCUGAAAUAGAUGACAUCGUCCCUUACGCAAAGCCGGACUCGGACCCAGAAGACUCAGACGAAGACCCGACCUUGAUCAGGCGUGAUAAGCCGAAAGCCCCCGUCUACAUCAGGGACCUAAUCAAAUACCUCCGAGAUACAGACAGCUACGAUCAUCAAAAGCUUGCACUGUCAACCGCACCAACCCUUAUUCGGCGAAAAGCGAACUAUGGAACAGAGGUUUCGGAGCAUGCAGACGAACUCGCUUCUCUACUCGUGGGACUCAGUGAUAGGUUCGAGAUGCCAGACUUUGAUGAGCUGCGACUUCAGGGGAUGAUUGCUAUUGUCGUCGCCAAGCCGCACAUCAUGGGCCAGUGGUUUGCUAAAACCUUUUUUGAAGGGGACUAUUCCAUCUCACAACGGGCCGCGAUCCUCGUCGUCUUGGGACUCAGUGCUCGCGAGCUCGCAGGCCUUGAGAGGUCAGAUUACACCGCGAACGCAGAAUUCCCCUCUAGGAGGCUUCCAGAACGAGUCGAAAAGCUCUAUCUCAGCCAAAGCCCGUCCACAAGCCAGUCAUCCUCAACCCUGAAACCCCUCCCGCCCAAUGCACUUGACGGCAUAGCCAGCUCUCUCACGUCUUCCUUUCUGGCUCCGCUAGCAGCCAGCGCCGCCGAUGCGGCCACCGGCCCCGACAUCCUCAAACUAUCCACUGUUACAUCCCAGCUGCAGGAAGCUGAACAGCGACAAGAAGGUCUCAAAGGUCCCAGAAUAACAAAGCACAAAUCCCUCAGCAAGCCCCGUGUCCGCUCCAUCCCGAAUACCACCGCCAGCCUCAUCGCCACCUCCUUCUUUUCACCACUGAUAGCCCGCUUCCAAGCGGCUCUGCACGCGUCCCGCAGCCGGGGCAUCCUCUUUCACUCGCAUCUCCUCGCGCUUUACCUCAAAACGCUCGCCCUGCUCGUGCACGCUGCCGGGCCCAGCACUUUGUCUCUGCCCGAGAUGACGGCCGAGCUGUGGCGGCUGCUCCUCGGCACGAGCGUGCGUGCUGCGGCCGUCGGCGAUCUUGCUGUGACGAGGGCGGUGCUGUUUGGCUUCAUGGCGCUGUUGGAGGUGAAUGAGAACCGGAUGAGGGACGUCUGUCAGGAACUUGGGCGCGAGGUGGUUGAGGCCGAGGAGUGGACUGCGGGGGUCUUUCAGAGGUUACGAGGAGGCGAUGAGGGCGAGGAGGAGGAAGGGGUCAAGAUGCUGGCUGCUGGGGUGUUGGUUAGGUUGAGAGAGGGGAUUGAGAAGUGGAGGUUGGUGCUGGUGGGGGAUUUGAUUGGAUUUGGGUGAUGGCGAGAUGGUUGAUGAUUGUGGGAUACCGACGAAGUAUUGAGGGGGGGGAAUUUCGCAAGGUUGUUAUUUGAUUCUAUGUCCUUAUUCAGUGAGCAGAUAUCAAGCCUAGGAAUUAUGAUCAUUCUUGCCCAUUGUCAAGAUUUACAUAUAUUGCAUAUAAACGUCCAAGAAAGUCGAGCAACGUCUCUCUGAUCGGUUUUCACCAGGCAGGAC